GAAAACGACACAGGCAUGGGAGGUGCCGUGAGCACGGCAGCAUCCGUCGACCCGCCACCGAAGUCACCCGCACGCUUCCAAAGGAUCCCCGACACAUAUGAGACCUACGAGGAGCUCCAGCGUGCCUUGCGUGCUGCCGGCUUGGAAUCGUCCAGCUUGAUCAUCGGGAUUGACUACACAAAGUCCAACACAUGGACAGGGGAGAAGACGUUCCGCGGCAAGUGUUUGCACGACAUCGAUCCAAGCGGCAGGACGGUGAACCCAUAUCAACACGUGAUUGAAAUGAUGGGACGGACGUUGGAAACGUUUGACGACGACAAGUUGAUCCCGGUCUUUGGGUUUGGGGACGCAUCGACGGGGGGAAGCCGAUGCUUUCCGUUCUUGCCCGAUAACCAUGCGUGCCACACAUUUGCCCAGGUCUUGGCGCGCUACAAUCAAAUCACGCCAGGCAUCAACCUCGCCGGUCCGACCAACUUUGCUCCAAUCAUUCGGGAAGCUAUCAGGAUUUGCCGCCAACUACGGACAUACCACAUCCUGGUCAUCAUUGCCGAUGGGCACGUGAACAACCAAGAAGACACAGUCAACGCGAUCGUCGAAGCCUCGGCAUAUCCAAUAUCAAUUGUCAUGGUCGGCGUUGGGGACGGCCCGUGGGACAUCAUGGAGCAUUUUGACGACUUCUUGCCGGCGCGCCGCUUCGACAACUUUCAGUUUGUUGAAUACCACAAGAUGCUCAAGUGCAAUCCGAGGAACCCUGACGUCGGGUUUGCCACGGCCGCCUUGAUGGAAGUGCCAGCCCAAUACAAGCUCCUUCGCGAAGCGAGGUUGCUGUAAACUGACCAGUGCUGAUACACCUCCGACGUGUGUGACCUGGCGGUCAGUUCCUUCACUACGUGGAGCACGUGCGUACUUUUGCUUCCCUACGUUUUGUGAGGCAACUUCUGUGGCGACGCCGUGCCGUCGAAGGAAAUACGAUCGGAGGCGAGGAGCCACCGUUCUUUAUGCCGUGGUUGCCUGCAUGUUCAACUACGGCGGCGCCAGCGCACAUCACCAGACGGCGUACUCGAGGUGGUCUGUCCAUGAGUUCUCUCCCAUGCCAUACACGUGAUUGCAAAAUUGCGCGUCGGUGGCGGCGCGCCAUGUCAGCGUCGAUCGUGCCUGUCUUUACCGCCCGACACAUUACAGAAUGAUGGUAGCGAGUAAAUUAAUGUUCUUAAUGCUGCGGGAAUUCCGUCGAAAUCUGGAA